AUGAGGGCUUCUUCUUCAUCUUCAUCUUCAUCUUUGAGGUUCAUAAAAUGUGUGAGUGUUGGUGAUGGAGCUGUGGGAAAGACUUCUCUUCUUAUUUCUUACACCACUAAUACUUUCUCUGAGGAUUAUGUUUCAACUAUUUUUGACAAUUUCAAUGUAAAUGUGGAUGCGAAUGAAAAUACUAUUAACUUGGGAUUGUGGGAUACAACUGGACAAGAGGGUUAUAACAGGUUAAGACCAUUGAGUUAUCAUGGGACUGAUGUGUUUAUACUAGCAUUCUCUCUCAUUAGCAAAGCUAGUUAUGAAAAUGUUUCCAAGAAGUGGAUUCCUGAAUUGAAGCAUUUUGCACCAGGUGUUCCAAUUAUUCUUGUUGGAACUAAACUUGACCUUCGAGAUGACACACAAUUCUUCAUAGACCAUCCUGAUGCUGUUCCAAUUACUACAACUCAGGGAGAAGAACUGCAAAAACUUAUCGGAGCAGUUGCUUAUAUCGAAUGCAGCUCGAAAACACAGCAGAAUGUGAGAGCAGUCUUUGAUGUGGCCAUAAAUGUAGUCCUUCAACCCUCUAAACAGAAGAAAAAGAAAAGCAAAGCACAUUGCUCCAUAAUGUGA